UCAACAACAAAUGUGUCUGGAACAACCGGCCGUCGGAUCUCACAAUUAAACACCAGCAGCGUUCGUGCACUAACUCGUUUUUAUAAUUAAAAACACGCCAAUAACCCGUUGUGUAUAUCGCUUUAGCGUGGUACACAUAUGCUGCUUGUUUAGUUCACAUUUUGGUGGAAAACAUCUUAAUGUGUGAGUUAUAAAAUAACUGGGCGCUAUGCAUCGGAUCGGGUUAAAAUGAUUCAUACAAGAUGUUAUACUCGAUAGUCUCUGGAUUUCUUUCCGUUUCAUUAAGUGGACGCUAGGGAAGGAUGGAUGAAAGCGCAGAAAAGGUCGAGUCGGACGAUCUGGUUAUCAUCGUGGAGAAUGAAGCUGAGAGCAAGCCGGUGCAGGAGUCUGAUGUCGGGGAUCGGAGCGUUGUGAAGAUGAUGAUGGGUCUGAUGGACAUGUGUCCCGUUUGUAAACUCAGUUUUACCAGCAGAGAACCCAAGUUGCUGCCCUGCCUGCACUCCUUCUGCAAGAGAUGCUUACCUGCACACAACAGGACUGUCAGCACAGCAAACCCUGCUAAACAAUUGAACAUGAUCCGCUGUCCAGUUUGUCAGCAGGAGUGUAUGGAAGUCGAGGUCUUGGAUAACUUUUUCGUCAAGGAUUCCAUGGAAGUGCCGAGCAGCACGAUGGAGAAAAGCAGUCAGCUGUGCAUGAGUUGCGAUGAUAACACAGAGGCGAGCGGUUUCUGCGUGGAGUGUGUGGAGUUUCUGUGUGUCACUUGCAUCGAUGCUCAUCAGCGUGUGAAGUUCACCAGAGACCACACAGUCCGACAAAUUACAGAAAUGUCUUCAGAGGCAAUGGGCGCUUCCACACAGAAGCCAGUAUUUUGCGAUGUACAUAAGCAGGAGCCUUUAAAGCUCUUCUGUGAAACCUGUGAUCGCCUCACCUGCAGAGACUGCCAGCUCCUCAAACACAAAGACCAUAAUUACCAGUUUCUAGAGGAUGCAUAUAAAAACCAUAAGGAACACUUGGAAAGUAUGACUUGCCAACUUCAAGAAAAGAAGAAAGUGAUCGAGGAUGUGACUAAUACUAUUAACAAUGGUCUUGUACAAGUGGAUGAAAACCGCAAUGCUGUGGCUACUGAAAUAAAAAAAUCCAUUAGCAAUCUCAUAAUGGAGAUCAACAGGAAAGGGAAGAUAUUAAUGAAUCAACUUGAGGCUAUCACGAAAGACCACGAGACGCUCCUUAAAAAGCAACAGCAGGAUGUGAUGUCACUCUCCACACAUCUGGAUCAUGUGAUCAACUUCACACAAUGGGCCACAGCCAGUAACAGUGGCACAGCUCUCCUGUACUGCAAGCGACUGAUCACAUGUCAAAUCCAGUACCUCAUGCGGGCAAAAUGCAACAUCACGUAUGUUCCUCAGAGCUCGGUUCGCUUCCAGUGCCGAUCUUCUUUUUGGGCUUCGAAUGUGGAUCUUGGUUCCCUAGUUGUGGAGAAAUCUCCAGCCCGUCAUCCGAGCGGUCCACAUCCGAGUGGUCCACAGCAGAUGUCUUUCCAGCCGAUGAAUCCAGGCCCCAGACCCGAGGGUCUUCAUACGGGGUUCCCAAGCUCGCAGCCUCAGCAGCAGAGGCAGAGCACGCUGGCCCAGCUUCAGAUGCAGGUGGAAAAACUCACGCAGCACACCACGUGCCACCAAGCACCCAAUCAGUGGCCGUGGUACCACGGCAUGCGCCUACCCGGGCCGAGCCCGCAUAGACCCAUGCAGGGCGGGUCACCAUCACAGACCUUACCCUGCAUGCCUCAACACGGGCGGCGGUAUAACGUAAGGAGCCCCCCGCCUGUCCUCCAGAGCUCCGUCAUGUCUCCGCAGACCAUGAGGGGCAUAAUGAACAACCCCAUUUACCCCCCUAAACCACUAGAGGGAGUGCCAAGAACAGGUCGCUAUCCGCACAACACAGCCUACUCCAGCGGAGGUAUGCUUUCCUCUACGCAUGCGCUCCAUCAGCAAAACAAUCCAGUAACAUCGUACCUGAACAGGAGGUGUGAACCUAAUGUGCUUCUGCCUGCUCAAAGGCACAGUUAUCCAGCCAGUCAACUCUCCGCACCACCAGGCCAAGCGGCAAUGGAAGGAAGACAGUUUUCUCAUGUGCCUGUUACGUCAUCAGAACCAAAGAACAGGUCCUGCCCCUUGAAGCGUGUGGAGAACCCUCAGAGUGGCCUGUCGAAACCAACCACUAAGAGAAGGCGGAGGACAUCUCCAGGGCCGGUUAUCGUCAUCAAGGAUGAACCAGAGGAUGAUGAUGAAGUUCGUUUUGUGAAGACGAGUGCUAAAGCCAGUCUUCCAGACAGCACGGGCGUUCAGUCCCAGACCCCACAGCAGGGUGAGCAGCAGUCAGAGAGGACCCCAGAAAUGGAUGAAGACCCCAAUGAGGACUGGUGUGCUGUAUGCCAGAAUGGAGGGGAGCUGCUCUGUUGUGAUAAAUGUCCUAAAGUCUUCCAUAUUAGCUGUCACAUCCCUACCCUCACUGCAUCGCCAAGAAUGAACCAGCCAACCCAGCAGACAGAGGGAUCGCAGCGGGAGGGGUCGAUGCCGCCUGGCUCCCCUCCAGGGUCAAAGCCGCCGGACUCCCUUCCAGGGUUGAGGCCGCCGGGCUCUCUUCCAGAGUCGGGACCGCCGGACUCCCUUUCAGGGUCGAGACCGCUGGAACCCCGUCCGGGGUCGAGACCGCCGGGCUCCUUUCCAGGGUUGAGGUCGUCGGGUUCCCCUCCAGGGUCGAGACCGCCGGUGUCCUGUUCCCGCCACAGAUCCCUGCCGGCAUCCCAGCUGGUACCCAGGCCUGUCGAGUCGUCACCCUGUCUUUGUGCUGAUCCAGCCGGUGUCCUUGUUUGCUGCCCAGCUGCUAGAGAGCGCUGCCCAGCUGUCGGAGAACGCUUCCCAGCCGCCAGAGAGCGUUGCCCAGCCACCGACUUCCCGCCACGUCUCGUCGACAUCCAGGCCUGCCCAGCCGGUGAUAGCCGGCCUCCCAGCCCGUGUGUCAGCCGGCAAUCCAGUCCGUGUGUCAGCCGGCAAUCCAGUCCGUGUGUCAGCCGGCAAUCCAGUCCGUGUGUCAGCCGGCAAUCCAGUCCGUGUCUGCCGGCAUCCAGUUCCAGUCCGGUCUAGCAGCGCCGGCACCCAGUCCAGGUCCGGCCGCAGCGCCGGCAUCCAGUCCGUGUCUUUGGACUUGUGUGGACUUUUGUGUUCCCCAGUUUUACCUUCCUCCUGUGGACUCUUGUGCUCCCCCCCCCUUUUAUGGUUAUUGUAAAUAUCAUGUCACCUUGUUUUUUGGUCAUGUCACAGUCUGUCUUGUCUUGUUUGUGCCUUGAGGAGCGUCAGGUUGCCGCUCCUUAAGGAGGGGCUUCUGUCAUGGUUCUGCCCCAUCUUGUCUUGCUUUUCUUGAUCUUGUGGCAGAGCCAUGGGGGUCUCGUCAUUGUUCCUGCCCUCUUGUUUCCUCAUUAGUGUUCGUUAUUAGUUCAUGCCCCGCACCUGUCCCCUCUUGAUUUGGUCCCUUAUUUAAUGCCCCUUUGUUCUCUGUCCUGUGCUGGUUCAUGUGUUAUCUGUCAUUCGUUUCAUGUGGGCGAGUUCCUGUCUCUGUUAGUCUAGUCUAGUUAUUUGUAUUGAAUGGUAAAUGUUAUCUUUAGUCUUGUUAGGUGUAGUUAGUCCUUGUUCCUGUGUCCUGUUAUAUCCUUGUUCUUGUUUUACUCCCUCGUGGGUUUUUGUUUUGGCUUUGUUUUAUUUUAUUAUUAAAGUCCUUGUUAACCCCUUACCCGCUGUCUGCGUUUGGGUCCUCUAUCCUUGUUCCCUCGCCGUUCAUGACAAAGUGUAUGGCCUUUGGAAUGAGUAGAAAAAUUUAUAAAUUGUUGUAUGCCAAAACUAUCAAGACAGGAUAAAAAAUUCUUUGCAAGAAUACUACUUUCAUUGUCAACAUGUAUAUUGAAAUCAACAACCACAAUCACAUUUGGGGACAGAGAACUGAUAAAAGUAGUACUUAGUAUAAAAAUAACUUUAUAACAGAUAUGUUGAUAUAGGGGCAAAGGUUACAGGUUUCAGCUUUAUGUUAUGAAUCAGUUGCUUUGUUAUCAAUAAUCAUCUUCUGCUUUGAAAAAAUAUUUUUACAUUUAAAUAUUUCAUUGUUAAAGGUUUUAAUUUACUGGAUUAUUUAAAAAUAGGCAUUACUGGUUGUUAAAAUAUAAGGCAACUAAUAGUUUAAUAUAAUUUAAAAAAUCACUGUAGCGCUAUAAGUUUAUUCUAACCAUGAUAUAUAUUUGGUCAUACCGCCCACAAUAUCAGUGCUGUUGUGUUUGUGCU